AUGGUUCCACAAACAGUCGCUGACCAUGGGUCAGGCGGCCAGAACUGCUUAACAGAUAAUGCGAGCGAGUUUCGCGACUCGUACAGAGUUUUCAAGAAGUGUAUGAUCACACAGGAUGGAGGCCACAAAAUACUGUUAAAGAAAGCUGCGUCAUUGGAGCAUCUAUUAUCAAUUAUCAGAAGUCCCAAAGUUAAAGCCACCUCAGAGGAGCUGCUGGAGGUCAUCAAUGCUCUCAAGGAAAGCCGCGAUGAAAUACUCAAAGCCUUCAACACUAUGUCACACAGGAUCCCCAAGAGCGAUCAGGUGCUAAAUAGUGUUAAUGCCAGUGGUAUAAGCGUUACCACGCAGACAGAGAUUAGUAAUGGUGGCACUGAGCCCCAUACGACAGACGAAAAGACGCGGAGGCUAAACCCCCCGAGGAGAAGGAAACGAGCAAAGCAACGGCAGUCACAGUCGCAGUCACAGCAUACACAGCCGCAGUCACCGGACCCCAAUCUGGGGUCUGAGGUAGCGGCCGACUGGAGCACCGUCCGGUCCUAG